AUGUCAACAAAGCCAGUCAACAAACGAGAGGAGCGGGAUAAUAACGUUCCCUCGCAGUCAAUGUUGAUGACCCACCAAAGAGCCUUCGAGCAACCGUUGAAAGCAUUGCCCAAAUCCUGGGAUUGGCGUAAUGUGAAUGGAACUAACUACUGUGGUACAACUCGCAACCAACACAUUCCGCAGUACUGUGGCUCCUGCUGGGCCAUGGGAGCCACCAGCUCCAUAGCAGACCGGAUCAACAUCAAGAGGGAAGGGGUGUGGCCCUCCGCAUACCUGUCUGUCCAGCACGUCAUCGACUGCGGCAACGCCGGCAGCUGUCAAGGAGGCAGCGACUACAAGGUAUACGAGUACGCCCAUAGCCACGGCAUCCCUGACGAGACCUGCAACAACUACCAAGCAAAGAACCAAGACUGCGACCCCUUCAACUCGUGCGGCACAUGCACGACGUUCGGCGAGUGUAAGCAGCUGGGCAACUACACCCUGUGGAAGGUGGGGGACUACGGCUACGUCAAGGGCAGGGAGGACAUGAUGGCAGAGAUAUACACAAACGGACCAAUCAGUUGUGGAAUAGAAGCAACCAAAGCCCUGGAGAAGUACCGCGGCGGAGUGUAUGCUGAGUAUAACGCUACACCAGCGAUCAAUCACGUCAUCUCGGUGGUUGGGUGGGGAGUGAACGCUACCGGCACCGAGUACUGGGUCGUCAGGAACUCCUGGGGACAACCUUGGGGCGAGAGUGGCUUUUUCCAAAUAGUGACCAGUGCCUUCAAGAACGGUCAAGGCAACUCAUACAACUUGGCCAUAGAGACCCGCUGUGCAUAUGCUGACCCCAUUGUACCCAGACAACUACAAGCCUUGAUUAACUAUCUAUGAGAUGACGCGUACUAUCACAUAAUGUGCAAUAAAUAGCUUUACACUACCUCAGUAUAUAUACAUACUACAUGUAUAAUUUGUCAUUCUGUCAACUUGCUCUUAAUUAAGUAUAUAGGAAAUAAACGUAUUUUCUAUUAA